AUGGCGUCAUCUGUAACAUGCACAAAUAAUUCUUCAUUAUUCGUACCUUCCAGCACUAAAGAACCACCGGCAAGUUCAAAAUCUUUACCAAGUUUGCCUACAUCAAUAAUUACAUCAUGGAUAAAUGCUAGUAACUUAGAAACUGGACUGUCCGCGGCGUUUCAAGCUCUUUAUUCUAUAUCAACUCUAAUCGAAAAUGAGAAACCCGUUACGACAGGCAUCCAAGUAUUACAAGAGCUCCAUAAUGUAUUCAAAAGCUCGAAAAAUAUCACUAGCCAAGACCUUAAUUUUUCGGCAAGAAUUUUGGAUCGAUUGCAACUCAUGGUUAAAAUUCAGAAUGAAUCAUGUGAAAUCAAGGAAAGCUAUUUUAAGUUGACAGAUCUAAAGAGAUUAAUGAAGAUUACUCACGUUUACACUACACAAGUAGCGGAAAAUCUUGAACUUGAAAGUGUUUUCAUUGUUAACUCUCCUGAAAUGACAUUCCAUAUUCAACGGAUUCGGGUUCAAGAUUUUCUUCGAAACCCUUAUCGAACUACUUUCAGAAGAUUAUAUGGUAAUGAGUUACUGGCUAAUGAAUUUAUUUUGCCUUCCUAUGCUGCGUCCAAUAUGAAUGUAUCUGGUGCAAUAUCAGUUGCUGCAUCGUAUUAUACAACCUUGAAUCACCUAAUAAAUAGAGAUUUGAAAAGGCCUAAUGAAGGAAGCAUUGAUGUAGCCGGAGAAAUCAUCAAUUCUGAUAUUAUAAGUUCUUUAACGUUGCCAGAUAUUUCAUCCAUUAAUGUUACUUGCGUUCAUUGGGACUUUACAAUAGGGAAAGAUGGGAGUUGGUCUGCUACCGGUUGUAAACUAAUUUCUAGUAACAAAACACAUACUGUCUGCCACUGCCGACAUUUAACUCAAUUUGCAGUAUUAAUGAGAGUUUCGGGUCAAGAGAUAUUAUGCAGGAUCUUAGCUAUUGGUCUCCAUCUAUGCUAUUUAUCAGUUUUUAUGUGGAUGUUGGUAGAAGGCCUUCACUUGUAUUUGCAAAUUGUAACAGUAUUCGAUGAAAAAGACCGUUCACUCCUUUACUGUGCAAUUGGAUGGGGUAAAAUGUUUAGUUUAAAAUCAUUGGAUUAUCGGCAGCAAUACGCUACCAUGAUUAUGGAAUUAAUGGAAGGUAAUGGACUUAUUUGGGCCUUUGCAGGGCCUGCAAUAGUUAUUAUUUUGAUCAAUUUCAUUAUUAUGCUGAUUGUUACGAAAAUUGCAAUAAGUAAAACAGCAGCAGUAGCCGUUAGAACUGGCAAUCAACAUUUUAGAAAUUUAAGGACUGCUACGAGAGCCAUUAUUCUUCUAAUGCCUUUGCUAGGCUUAACAUGGACAUUUGGUCUUUUAGCAGCCGAUGAUAAUACCGUCUUCUUUGCAUAUUUAUUCGUGAUAUUGAACGGCUUGCAGGGGGUUUUUAUUUUUAUAUCACAGUGCGUCUACAAUUCAGAGGUUCGAAAUGGCUUUCGCCGAUUUAUGAACCGUUAUGGGCUUACGAGUAAAUUGCAUAGAGAUUUUUCUACCGCUCUUAAGCCACUCAAGUCAACGACAGAAGGUGUAGCAACUGGAGCAAAGAAUUCCUCACAAGAAGAAGAACCACAUUCUGCACGUCCAUUUGAUGCAGCCUCUGGAUGUAAUAAUAAAUCCAAGUCAAAGAAGCGAUCAUCAAAUCGUAAUAAAGAUCUAAUCAUAAUCAAUGAAGCCAAUACAGUGAAUAAAAUGACUAAAUCGAAAUCAUUAAUCGGACCUGAUAUUAAUAUCAACGAGAUUCCAGAAAACAAAUUAUCAGCAAGUCAUUCUCAUCAAAUUAUAAAUUAA